GGUCAGCUGAUGUGUCAGACCAGCCCUCACGCGUUGUUUUGUUGUCUUUUAUUUCUAGGAAAAGACGUCUAACAAUUGCAUGAAUUGCUAAACGAAUAUUUGUUUAGUCGUAAUUCCGAGAAUAUCUCUCUUCGGCGUUUGACAGCAAUCUUUAGAACUGAAGCGAGAAAGAUGUAUCGACUGACCCACAGAGCCGCUGUCAAUUUGUUGACGUUUUCAUCGUUGCUAUGUUUUCUGCUUUUAUUGUCCGCACAAACAUCAGAAGCUAAGAAUUCGGAAGAUAUCCGGUGCAAAUGCAUCUGUCCACCCUACAAAGAGGUAGAUGGGAAGAUCUACAAUCAAAACGUUUCCUUGAAAGACUGUAAUUGCCUUCAUGUGGUGGAGCCGAUGCCCGUUGAAGGCAAGGAUGUGGAGGCAUACUGUUUACGCUGUGAAUGCAAAUAUGAAGAAAGGAGCUCUGGAACUAUCAAAUGCACUAUAAUAAUUUACCUGUCUAUUCUGGGCCUUCUGCUGCUUUAUAUGGUCUAUCUGACACUGUUGGAACCUAUAUUGAAAAGAAGGCUGUUUGGCCAUUCACAGCUCAUUCAGAGCGAUGACGACGUUGGGGACCAGCAGCCUUUCGCCAACGCCCAUGAUGUGCUUUCCCGCUCUCGCUCUCGCUCCAACAUGCUGAACAAAGUGGAGCACGCUCAGCAGCGCUGGAGGAGACAGGUCCAGGAACAGCGGAAGUCUGUGUUCGACCGCCACGUUGUUCUCAGCUAAAAGCUUUUACAGUCCGGACACUUAUCAUGUGGGUUCUGGGAGUGUGCUAAAUGCUGGCCUUUCUCCAUAAAGUCACAUCUCAUUGGUCAGCAGCCCUCAGUGUGUACAUCUCUUUUUGGUGUGUCGUCUUGACCAACGUGUGAGACCCUGUGUAUUAUUAGAGUCUUAUGCUUACGAUACAGACGGUUUCCAUUAAUUAUCACUGUGUUCUUUGCAUUUUAAAAUCACACAUUCUGAAAUUAGCAGAAAAAAAAGAAAGAAAUGUUCACUUCUGCAGUCCCAUCACACUGAAUUUGAUGUGGGGAUAGAAGUGCCAAUUUCCUCAUAAAUUUAGGUCAUAAAUUUUAAAAUAUAAAACAAAAUCAGAAUUGUUACUGAACCCAAAAUAAUGCUAAUUUCCAGUUGUGUAUUGUAUUGUACAGUGUAAAAUUCCCCUCUAUUCUUUUUCUUCUCUUACUUGCCUUUCAGUACCUUGCGGUUUGCCAGCUAUUUUGUGUAAAUAAUCAGUGAAUGUUUUUUCGUCAUUGUCCUCCUGAUAUGCUGUUUAAUGGCUAACUUAUCAGUUCUUCUAUUUGUGUAGAUUCACGUUCCAGAUUAAUGAUGUUGCACUUUUUUCCCAGUUCCUCGCUCUGGUAGGACAGUAUUUUUCAAGGUACAUUCUUUGAAGAUGUCAGAACUAUUAACAUUUGUGUGUGUGUAUAUAUGUAAUAAUUAAAACGUUCAGGUACAUUAUAUACAUUUUAUUACCUUCUGAUUUACAUUACAGAGCUGUUAAUAC